UUUUUGUACGCUCCACAAAUUCCAAAGAAUGAAUGAGAUUGAAGAACACGUGAGCAUUGGUAAAGUAGUUACUCACAAAUCUACAUCUAACACUGUGGAGAUAAGAGUAACGCGUAAAAACGUGGUCACUUGCACUCCUCCUCCUCCGUUCCCAACCCCUCACCUCCUUUUGAACAACAUCCUAAGCUUUGAUCACCAUAAGAUGUAUCCUCUCCUCUAUCCAACUCUCCCAGAUCCCGGCUUAUGCAGAAUUCUCUCUUACAAGAUUGCUUCCGAAGCCGAGAAAGUUCCAGGGCCAUUGUACAUCUCCCUUGACGUCACAUUAUCCCCACCAAUAUUCGAGGAACCAGAGAUGGAAACAUGCGCUAUUUGCUUGGAGGAGUCACAAUACUUAAUCUUAAUGAUUAAUUGUUCGCAUGUGUUUCAUAUUCAUUGCAUCAAUGAGUGGUUAUGUCGGAGUAAUCAGUGCCCUCUUUGCCGUGCUGAACUUAUGGAAGACGAAGACUGGUAGACGUUUGACGCUACUCCAAAACAAAAAGUCAUGGAAAAACGAUAGGGUUUUUAAUUGCAUUUGUUUUUUUUGUUUUUUUUUCUUGGCCGAUUUGUAAUAUAAGCCAAUCUAUUUUCUUUUAGUACAAUUGAACUGAAAUUUUUAUAUAUACUAGAUAUUCAGAUCUCUUGAUUGUUCCUAUUGCUUGUGAUUGAGGUUGAAUUGAUUACUCGUUUCAUGGAUGAUUGCAUCAAUGAGUGGUUAUGUUGGAGUGAUAAUUGCCCU